CGGAAGUCGCGGAGAGAGAGAAAAAAAAACAAAGAUGGCGGCGCGCAGGCAGCACAUGGAUGGCGAAGAGGAGCCGAGGCAACCUCUGAUAAAGAAGAAGAGGAGGGAGAAGAGACUGAUCGUCCUGCUGGAGGGGGCCAGCCUGGAGACUGUCCGGGCGGGGAAGACGUAUGAACUCCUGAACUGCGAUCAGCACAAGUCCAUGUUGGUGAAAAAUGGAAGAGACCCCGGAGAGGCGCGGCCUGACAUCACUCAUCAGUGUUUGUUGAUGCUCCUGGACAGCCCCCUGAACCGGGCGGGGCUAUUACAAGUGUAUAUCCACACCCAGCGCAACGUGCUGAUCGAGGUGAACCCGCAGACGCGCAUUCCGCGAACCUUCCCCCGAUUCUGCGGACUCAUGGUACAACUUUUACACAAACUGAGUGUCCGAGCGGCUGACGGGCCCCAGAAACUUUUAAAGGUUAUUAAGAAUCCGAUUACAGAUCACCUUCCUGUGGGGUGUGUGAAGGUCUGCACCUCCUUCCAGGGGGAGCGCGUCCCCUGUGUGCGGGAUCUGGUGCCCACCGAGGAGCCGACCAUGAUCGUGGUGGGAGCGUUCGCCCAUGGGGCGGUUAACAUAGAUUUUGCAGAACGCACAGUGUCGAUCAGCGAAUAUCCUCUAUCGGCCGCCCUCACCUGCACCAAGAUCUGCUCCGCGUUUGAGGAAGUGUGGGGAAUCAUGUGACCAUCUCCUAAUAUCCCCUCCGAUCGUUUUCUACUUCUCCAAAGUCUCCUUGUUCAUAGAAGCCUGUUAUUUUUUUAUAUGUAAUUAUGGUGUGUGAAGGCUCUCCAGUGUCUGGGGGGGUCCAUGGUGGGUCUGGGGGGCAGGGCCGGACUUACCAUUGGGCUUGACUGGGCUGAAGCCCAUGGGCCCCACCCAAUAGGGGGCCUCGGGAGGAGGAACCAGGAAGAGACAGCUUCGAUCGGUGGCACCCCCCCUGCUCAACAACUCUGAUCGACGAUCCCCCCCCCGCUCAACAACUUUGUUCGAUCUACGGCAACCCCCUGCUCAACCAACUCCGAUCAGCGGCACCCCCCAGCUCAACAACUUUGACCGCCACCCGCUUCUCAAUCAACACUCAAGCCCUGCCGGGGGUCCAUGGUGUGUCCGGUGGUAGGAAGUUACAAUCGGGGGGGGGACUCGUUCCAGAAUGUGGAAGACGUUUCGUAUCAGUCACAGAAGAAAUGGUUUGGGGUCUUCAAUAUUUCGGAACAAGUCCGGCUGAUGGUGACCGACGACUACGAGAUCUGUGGAAUGAAUGUACAUUUCAUUGUUUAAAAGGAAAUAAAACCCCCAAAAAAAGUGA